GCGGGAAAAUCGAGACUGCAUCUCAUCGUCAUCGUAGGUCAAUUUUUAUUUGGUCUCCGGCAGCUAAAUCUUAUCGUCGAAGUUCUUACCGGCGAUCUAAUCGGCCCAAUCGAAUCCACGAGUCAUUCGCUGCCGUGAUUUUGUUCGUGUAGUGUCCCAAUUCUGUAGAGAUGGAGGAUAUUGACAACAUCGAAGAAGACGAGUGUGGGUUCUCACGAAACUACUUUUUGGCAAAAGAAUUGGGUGGGGCGAGUAAGCGAUCAGCCCACAAGCUCUCUGAUAUUCAUAUCGUUGAUGAGCAGGAGCUUAGAGAAACAGCAUCUAAUAUCCAAAUGAAGCACGCCGAUGAGAUUUCUGAGCUUAUGGGUGAUUACAAAACUAUGUACCCAAAGUGGGUCUUUGAGCUCAGGUGUGGCUUUGGCCUUCUAAUGUAUGGCUUUGGAUCUAAGAAAGCUUUAAUUGAAGAUUUUGCUUCUGCUUCUUUGACUGAUUAUUCCGUUGUGGUUAUCAAUGGCUACCUCCCUUCCGUUAAUCUAAAACAGGUUCUUUUAGCAUUAGCUGAACUUCUGUCCGAGCUGUUGAAGUGUAGAAGAAAGAGUUCUGGGAGCUUGUCUAAAGCUCAAGAAACAUUUCCUUCACGCUCUAUAGAUGAUAUUCUUUCCUUUCUACAUGACCCACAGUCUGAAGAUAAAGACUGCUUCAUAUGUGUUGUUGUCCAUAACAUUGACGGCCCUGCUCUAAGGGAUCCUGAAUCACAACAAACUCUUGCCCGGCUUGCUUCUUGUUCGCACAUACGUAUUGUUGCCUCUAUUGACCAUGUCAACGCUCCAUUAUUGUGGGACAAGAAAAUGGUGCAUACACAGUUUAACUGGCUAUGGCACCAUGUUCCAACAUUUGCCCCAUACAAUGUCGAAGGCGUAUUCUUCCCAUUGGUUCUUGCACAGGGAAGCACAGCCCAAACUGCUAAAACAGCAGCCAUUGUCUUACAGAGUUUAACGCCAAACGCUCAAAACGUCUUCAAGAUUCUAGCUGAGUAUCAACUUUCUCACCCAGAUGACGACGGCAUGCCCACUGAUGAUCUGUACUCAGCCUCUCGGGAACGCUUCUUUGUGAGCAGUCAAGUGACUUUGAACUCACAUCUCACGGAAUUUAAAGACCAUGAGCUGGUUAAGACUAAGAGAAACUCUGAUGGACAAGAGUGUCUGAAUAUACCUCUCUCUUCGGAUGCACUUCGACAGCUCUUGCUUGAUCUCAAUCAGUAGCCUCAAAUUGUAUCUGAUAUGUUUUGUUUUUUUAUUUCUUGAACGAGCUAUUAUGGUAAAUUAGUACUAUCUUAAAUUAUGACAAAUUUUCUA